UUGGGUAUGCGAUGUUGAUCAUUUACUAAUUUGUUGUUUAUAAAAGUCUCAGAGAGACCAGAGACUGACAUCAGAUCGCUAUAGCAGAACUCAUAGCAACUCUUCCUGGCAGUUUCAUCCCUUUUCCUGCGGCACAACUAAGAACAUGAAGCUGCUGUCAGCUCUCCUGCUCUUCCUGAUUCCUCUAUGGGCCAGCUGUGCGCCUCUUGUCCUUCCUCUGGACUGCAGCGACAUCUAUAACCAUGAUAACAGAAAACCCAGCGGCGUUUACACUAUCUAUCCUAUUGGGGCCACGUCGGCUGUCCAGGUGUUCUGUGACAUGGACUCUUUGGGAGGACGGUGGACAGUGUUCCAGAGGAGGAUGGACGGCUCCGUGAACUUCUACAGGCCUUGGGGUCAUUACAAGGAGGGCUUUGGGAAUGCUGAUGGAGAGUACUGGCUUGGUCUGGAAAGGCUCUUCCACUUAAGUCUCAGGAAAAAGUAUGAGCUGCUGGUCGACAUGCAGGAUUUUGCAGGAAAUAAGGCGUUUGCUCGUUACUCCUUGUUCUCUGUUGGUCCAGAGUCUUAUGGAUAUAUUCUGCAUGUGUCUGGAUUCAGUAAUGGAGGUGCAGGAGACUCUCUAAGUCCCCAUAAUGGAUUCAAAUUUUCCACCUUUGACAAAGAUCAGGAUGGUUCUGAAUCAAGUUGUGCCAGAAAAUAUCUAGGGGGGUUUUGGUACGAAAACUGUCAUAAGAACAACCCCAAUGGGGUUUAUCGCUGGGGAGCUGAUGAUACUCUCUACGCUGUUGGAGUGGACUGGUCCACGUGGAAAGGCUACGACUAUUCAUUGAAAGCCAUCAGCUUUAAGAUUCGUCCUGUUCAGUAAAAUAGCAGCAUAAAUGUUUAGCAGUGCAUCACAUUGUUGUUUUUUUUUAUAUACUAUAUAUAUAUAUAUCUGCGAUCAUCUGCUGUUUUUCACGUUAAGAUAUCUUUCUGCUGCUUAUAUCACAUGUGUGGGGUAUUUUUAUUGGGCAAACUCUUUUGCAAUAGCAGUGUCAACAUUUUACCGUCAUGAAAAUUGUUUAGAGAUCUUUAGGUUCUGACAAUUUCACCCUAAAUUGUGCAAAUGAGGUGAUGUACUACAAAGGAAAUUAUGACUCCCAGUAAAGAGGUAAAGUCUACUGUAAUUACAUUUUGUGAAUUAAAUGUGAGCUUUUGUUGUUACUGAAGGCCAUGGUGUGCUGACCUUCAGUCAGAAUAUAAAUUUUAAUUUUCACUUCACAUGUCUUUAGCUUGACUAUUAAACUGUAGCUGAAAUCAUCUUCCGCUACUCUACUCUAAAUUUAGGUUGUUUACAUUAUCAGAACAUUUCCUUUCACUUUCUAGUCUUAUUCUUGGAGAACUGAAUCACAACUUCCUAAUUUCAGUCAAUUGAAACAGUUAAAUUACACCAUAUUGUCCUUGGCUUUUCAGUUUUGUACUGCUUAAUUCUUUUCUUUUUCAAUAUAUAAAUUUCUCUGUUAUCUGUUGUUGUGGAAGUUACCCAACAAUACAUUGCUUAACUUCCUUAAAAUGUGCUAUUGGUAAAUUAAAAAUAUGAUUUUAUCUGC